GACCAGGAGGAACAAACAGAUUGGUAAAUGCUGAACUCUUUCAGAUGUGGCAGGUGACCGUGGGGGUGGAAAAUAGAUGUUCAGCUUAAUUGCAUGAGCCUUGCUUGUCUUAAUUUAGACCUUAGCUUGUUACAUAAAGCACUCAAGGUCAUUCGUGUCAGGUUAAGUCUGCCGAUGCUGACGUGGACCUUGGAGAUUAAGUUACAUUUGCAGCCUGCCAAAGGUGAUGCAACCAGCUAGAUGACAGUGCUUGAAAAAAGGCUUCCUGGUUUAACACACUGUGCCUCUCUCCAUUCCCCAGAUUAGGGUUUGUAAGUGGUUAUUUGGAUAAUUCAAAGAACCAGAAGUGCAGGGAAGCAAUGCAAUUUUGGGAAGGGUGCCGAAACCUGUAGAAGAUCCUUGAUGGAAAGGGAAACAUCUUCCUACUCUUGAUGAUCAACACAAUUUAUGUUUGCCUCCCUCUUUAAUGCGCAAACAUUUUGGAGGCUUUCAUGUUCAGACUUAACGUGUGUCACUUCAGGCCUGGAGAUGCGGUAGCAGGUCAUGGGGAGAUUUCUGCCUGCAAACUCAGAAGGAUGCUCUUAAAUUUCCAGAGCACCGGGUACAACGGCAUCUCACUGUUUCUGCCUUACCACCAGUGGUGUGCUGGAGAUACAACAACCUCACUCAUCCAGCCUGUCUCCGUCUCAGCAUUCCUGGGAAAUGCUGCUCAGAUCUCUUGCACCAUUUCCAACGGCAACAUGACAACUUCCAUCAUAUCCUGGAUUCAGCAUAAACACCCAAACACUCCAAAAUAUCUUUUGUAUUAUAAAAAUAAGUCCAUUCAAAGAAUAAAAACUGGUGUCUCAGAAAGAUUUGCUGCUUUCAAAGAUGUCACCCUUAACACCUGUUAUCUAACCAUCUCUGGAGUCCAAGCAGUGGAUGAAGGCACUUAUUAUUGCCUGACUUCAACAGGGCCAGAAUAG